UAUCCCUGCCGCAGAGAAAAUUCUCAACAUUUCUCUGUCUGGAUUUUGGGGUUUACAGUCGAAAUAACAAUGGCUGCGAUUCUAACCUUGGCGACGACAUCCUGUGCCAUUACUACUUCCGCUAGCACCAACAAAACCCUUGGAUUUCAUGCUUUACAAAAACCCUUACUUAGUUUCCCAAAUUCUUCCCCUAAAACCCACCACUGCAAUUUAUUUUCAUCUUCUUCGACUAUAAAUAAACCCAAUAACCCAACUAAUCUAUCAUCAUUAACAACAAGAAAAUUACUUUGUAAACCUCCAAAUGGGAAGCACGUCAGAGAAGAUUAUCUCGUCAAGAAGUAUUCAGCAGAGGAAAUACAGGAGCUAGUUAGAGGAGAUAGAAGUGUUCCUGUAAUUCUUGAUUUUUAUGCCACAUGGUGCGGUCCUUGUAUUUUAAUGGCACAGGAGCUGGAAAUGCUUGCUGUUGAGUAUGAGAAAGAUGCGUUAUUUAUCAAGGUUGACACAGAUGAUGAGCAUGAAUUUGCCCGUGACAUGCAGGUUAGAGGGUUGCCUACUCUGUUAUUCAUCAGUCCGGAUCCAAGUAAGGACGCUAUCAGAACAGAAGGGCUUAUACCGAAGCAAAUGAUUAGGGAUAUUAUCACUAAUGAGAUGUAAGGAUAUUAGAUUAGGUCAAUUUUUGAAUGUUUGUAGAAUGCUCUUGUUAGGCUUAUUACUUUGUGAUCAACUGAGUUAUAUCCCAUUGAUUUAUGAUGCUCAAGAGCAGUUUGUACCUGGGCACAUAAACUGUAAUAGCGUGCUUGUAACGAAAUGAGUGUAACUUAAAAGAAUUGUUUCGCGUGUACUGACAUCUUUUUGUUCAAACUUGUUUUUACUGUCCUUUCCAAA